AUGAAGAAGGAAGAAGAGAGGCAGCAGCUGACAAUUUCAGCAGACACAAGAAAACCAAGCAAAGAGAGAGCAAGUAAAAAGAAAAGUAAGCCAAUAAUAAAAGAACCAGAAAGAAAAGAGAAAAUCAAAGAAGGCGAAAUUAUAAAGAUUAAAGAGCAAAUAGACACAUUAUUAGAGAAACUAGAAAAAAUGGAAAGGACCACUGAAGAUAUUUCAGUAAUAGACAUAAAAUGCUCAUUAAAAGAACCAAAUAACCCGACCAAACCCGAAAUAAAACCAUCAAAAGAGUUUACGGAGACAGUAAAAGAAAUAAAAAAGGAAAAGCGAGAAAUAAAAAAAAGAACAAAAGAUGUGUACACAGAAGAAAAUGGGAAGAAUCAUAAAUGGACGGAUUAUAAAUUAAAAAAAGAAGUACUUCUGGGCAUACAGAAGAAAGGGUUUCACUGGCCAUCUCCUGUCCAAUCUGAGACUAUUCCUUAUUCACUAGCUAAUAAGAAUAUAGUAGCCAGGGCUAAAAACGGGACUGGUAAAACUGCUGCAUUCACUAUCCCACUACUGAAUAAAAUAAACCCGCACAAGCUCGUAUUACAGGCACUAAUACUUGUACCCACGAGGGAAUUAGUCCUUCAAACCGCAAAAGUAUGCAAGGAAUUAGGAGAGUUCUUACGGCUAAAGAUACUCCCAUUAUAUGGUGGGGUGAGUGCUAAAGAUGAUAUUAUUAGGUUAAAAGGGGGUGCUCAUAUAAUUAUAGGCACUCCAGGACGGGUUCUUGAUUUUAUCACGCAGAAAGUGAUCGUCCUGGAUAAGUGCAAGUACCUUAUAUGCGAUGAAGCAGAUAAAUUAUUAAGCAUGGACUUCAAAGAGGUUGUCUACGACAUAACAGAACACUUCCCGAAACAGAAGCAGAUUGAGAUGUACUCAGCCACAUUCCCAGCCAUGAUCCAGGAGUACAUUGACACGUACAUGCCAGACACAGUAAAGAUCAACUUAAUGAAAGAAUUAACACUCUCGGGUGUACGGCAGUAUUAUGCAUACGUUAAAUCGAUUAACAAACUGCACUGUUUAAAGACUCUCCUGACUAAGCUUAACCUGAACCAGUGCUUUAUCUUCUGUAACUCGAUACAGACGGUUGAAAGACUUGCCAAGAGAAUGACUGAAUUAGGGUUUACAGCGUAUUAUAUCCACAGUAAAAUGAAGCAAGAGGACAGGAAUCUGGUAUUCCAUAAUUUUACAUCCAAAGGAGAGUGCAGAAUAUUAGUGUCCACUGAUUUAGUAACAAGAGGGAUAGAUGUACCGAGUGUAAAUGUAGUGAUUAAUUUUGACUUACCACAGAGUACAGAAAGUUACCUCCACAGGAUCGGCCGGAGUGGCAGGUUUGGCACUGAAGGGACUGCUGUGAAUAUGGUUACUCCUGAGGAUGUAUACAAGAUUCGUGAAAUUGAAUCAAAUUUAGGCAUAGACAUGCUGCCAUUCUCUGAUACGUCAUAGAUAACCAAAAUAUCCAAUAAACCCAU